AUGGCAUCAUUUUUAAAUCAUAGAAAUGAUAGUUCCGUUUAUAUAGAAGAAGCUAUAACCAAGGAUAAUGUAACCUAUUAUAAAAUUAUUGUUAAAGUCGGUUUUGUGCAGUGGGACGUAUGGCAUCGCUACAGUGAUUUUGUAGAACUUCACGACAAACUCAUCCGCGAUUAUGGCAUUGAACGGGAUCUACUUCCGCCUAAGAAGGUCAUUCGUAACAAAACACCAAAAUUUAUUGAACACAGACGAGAAGCCCUCAAUGAGUACCUUAAAAAUGUAUUUAACUUUUUGAAUUUGACCAUGCCUUCAGAAUUUGCUCAUUUCCUGGACUUCCAUUUGUAUGAUAUAUUCUUUUUGCUACAAGAUUUGGCCAAGAAACUGUUUUUAGAAGGUGACAAAAUGUUACAGAGUGAGAAAUCCCAUAAAUUCACACCAUUAGAGCUCCAUGCAAUCAGUGAAAGAUUUAAAAUAGCUUGUCCACCAAUGGAAAAACUGGAUCAAAUGUAUGACUUUAGUCAUAUUUUGGACUUUUGUUCCCAAAUAACAUCAUUGAGUAUAGAGGGCAGUUAUCAAAUUCUUGGCACCAGUAAUAUUGUGCCAAAUGAUUUAAAGUUUGAUCUUAUACCCUUUAAGUCUUUGAUGGAUUUAAAAAUUCUUGGUGUGCCUAUGGCCUGUAUACAAAGUGUUGGGAGUUUACGAGCAUCAUUGUGUACAUUAUCAGUAUUAACUGCUACAGUUGUAUCUCUUAAUGAAUUUCUACUAGUUGAUGUUCUACAUAAGGACCCAUCAAGUAUUACAGAUUCUAUGAUAUGGAAAAAAUUGACAAUCAUUAAUUUCUCAAGCAAUAACAUAAACAAAGUUGACUGGGCUAUCCGUCUUGUACCAAAGUUGCAACACCUCAACCUAUCAUCAAACAAGUUGACAGAACUGUGUGAUAUAUCUUGCCUCCAUGAUCUCCAGGUAUUAAAUUUAUCAAUGAAUAAUUUCAGUACUUGCGAUAAUUGGCAUGGUAAAAUUGGUAACAUUGUAAAAAUUGAUUUGUCACAGAAUAAGGUUCAAUCACUACAGGGUUUUUCUAGAUUGUAUUCAUUGGAAAGUUUAGAUUUAAGCUGUAAUGUAAUCACAGAUGUUGAAGAGGUCCAGCAUAUAUGCAAAUUGCCUUGUUUAGAAUAUCUAUGGUUGACAGCUAAUCCUGUAGCCACAACCAUAGAUUAUAGAGUGAAGGUCAUGGAGCAAUUUAAUGCCAGAAUGUCAGAGCUUUGCUUAGAUAAUGAAAAAGCGUCCGAAAAAGAAUUGGAUACCGCAAGGGUUUUGCAAGCAUUAAGAGUAGUAAAGGAGGGUAAAACUCCAAGUUUCUUGCAAAAUAAUCAUACAAGUCAUAGUUUUCAUAGAAGUUGA